AUGAGACACAAUAUGCGUGAAUCCACUAUCAGAGGACAUCGAAAACUUAUGCGGGCUCUUAUCAUUCAAGCUUCACUUCCCGUCCUUUUCAUAUUUCCACCUAUUCUAAUAUAUGCCCUCUACCACCUUGAAUUCAUCAAUUUCACAAUUAUCGAGUAUCUCGUCUAUGUGCUAUUUAGCUUCUAUCCUGCAACCAGCCCAUUUGUGACGUUAUACUUUGUUAUGCCAUUCAACAUGGCCGUUAGAAAGUUGCUUGGAAUUCCGAGCAGGAUAUCAGACGUGUCCAAAUCCAUGCAAAGUGCAGUGAGCACACAAAAGGAAAUUCUUUUCACCGAUCAUGUAAUAAAGAGAAUUUCAGUGAUGGUGAAAUACCCAAGCCUCACGAUGUCCGACCCGAACAUGGACUGGAUAGCGAAAGAAAGAGGAACUUUUCACGGUGCUAGCAAUGUCGUCAUUACAUGUGUCACAAUCACAACACUUUCGUCGUUCCUCAAUUGA